AUGUCCCCGACGCAUCCCCGUCCGCGGCGUCGUUACGCGAGCGCUACACUUGGGCCCCCUCCCGGCCGCCAGCCGCGGUGGAGAAGCGCACGCGGCCUCUCCUUGGGACGGCCGUCCCUCUCUCCGCGCGCUCAGUGCGACGCCGACCUGCCCGCCGGCAACAUCAUGCAUCCAGCCGCAGCAGCCGCCGCCGCCGCCGCACUCCUCCUGUGCCUCCUGGAGGGAGUCUACGCAGGUCUGGAAGCGCUGUCUGAUGGCGCACCUGUGCUGCCCACUCUUCCAGGAAACAAGGAGGUGCGGUACGACUUCAGGUACGCGGUGGACGACGCGGAGUCGGGCGUGGUGUCGGACCGGUGGGAGUCCCGCGUCGGCGAGUACGUGAAGGGCGCCUACAGCCUGCUGGGGCCCGACGGCAAGGUGCGCACCGUCGACUACGAGGUGGACGGCGACAACGGCUUCCACGCCGUCGUCCGCUCCCACCCGCCACCGAACGCGCUGCUGAGCAGCCAGCAGCUGUCGCGGACGCUGGAGGGGGCGCCGCUGCCGCCGGUCAACGUGCUCACCGACCGCAAGCUGCCUGCGGAUAAGCGGCCCGCACCCGGGAACUUCCACUCGGCGAAGCCCUACUACUACCUGGCGUUUGCCAAGGACCGACUACCGGCGGCUCCAGGGGACAUCGCGUUGGGCGCCGGCGUGGGCGGCGAUGUGGAGGGCGGCGGGGGCGGCGCUUCGCCCAGCGAGUUUCUGCUGCCGCCCUCACUGGCUCUGCGGCUGCAGAAGCGACGCUCGCACGGCUGACAGCUGACGGCUCACUACGGCCGCCGCCAACUCAGCUUCUGGUCGGCGUAGACCACAGCGAGAACCUCACAGGCCAUCUGGACUGAACCGUCAUAGGAACUGGCUAGACUAGGCGUGCUCUACAAACGUGUGGUGGUACGCGACUUGACUGUAACCACUCAUUUGCGACCGUGUGGCCUAUUGUGUAGGCAACUAAACGCAGAGUACAGUGCUGCAAGUUGCCAGUAAUGGCACCUUCCUGGCUCCCAGCGCUGUGGAUUCUGGUAUCGACGACCGACUCGCAACGACACCCACGAGAUCUUCUUCGACUGUUUUUGAAGUGUUGUAUUUACAGAAACUGUCUGCUAAAUGGACCCUUUUUCAGCCAGUGAUUUGCAGUGUACGUGAAUAAUUUCUCCCCAAACCUUAGACUCCUCCUGCGACAUUCGAAACGAAUGCAAUCCUACCAAUAAGAAAUCUGAACUAGACUGUAGCUGAAAUACAUAUGACUAUCAAACGAGAAUAUGAUAAAAAGUCAAACACUUUUGCUGCAACACUUGACGUUUUUUUCGGUUUUCUUAAACAUUCUGUUACGUGGUAAAAAUAUCCAGCUGCAAACGUGUCUGCCAAGUUUGAUGGUCAGUCAACCCAACGGGCAGUGGUGUUGUGCGCAUUACCUCCUUGCCAGACUCAGCAUUACGGAAACAAAACUCUUUAGUCUGCUGUUCUGGUGUUUAUUAUAUCGACGUAUCAUUUUAUGUAGUAUAUCAGUUUAGCAGACAACCUGUCCUUACUUUAGUUAGAGAUAAACUUUCCGUAAGUUUGUCGCUCAUCGAAGCGUACUAGUAUACCCUGGAAUCCAGUUGCCGAAUUUCUUCAGCACGAGCAAUUACUGCCAUUUAAAAUAAGAUCCUGAGUCGUAGUUCAGCUGUAAGUAGCUGCGUAUGACACUUCCCAUGCUCUAUACCUGACGGAAAAAAAUUUCGAAUGGGAGGAUACCUCAGCUGUAUCCAGUGGGGACGUCCAAUUAUAAGUAGCGAAGUCGCAAGGUAGCGUGGAAACCUAACAUCUACAUAAUACCGAUAUAGAUAUACGAAAAAUUCAGAUGACCGUACAUUGAAGACUGUUAUUCUACUUGCAUUAUACAACUUUCAACUAUAUCUGAUCAGAGUAGUGUAACGGCAGGACAACCAAACGUAACGAUAUUUGGCAUAAAUUUGUUAGCAGCCACAAUAACCGGAUGAUAAUAGUUACAAAGUGACUGUUAGGGAUGAACGUUGAUAUGCUUUAAUUUUUACAGAAAUUGAAUGUUUAAGAACCAUUUAUGUUGCCAUAUUAAGGAAAUUUAGCUGAAUUUAUUCCUCCAGAUUAUGCUUCGUUUCACCAUUUUGCUUCCUGCAAAGCGGUGAAAAGCAUUUAAUUUUAAAGAUAUCAAUUACUAAGUCUCAAUUCAGUUUUCAGUAAUUUAUUCGAUUCUUCAGUUCGUGUAUGACUUGGGUUCUAUGAGAACUACAUUAACUACUCUUUUAAGUACCACUCCGAUGAAACUCGCUUUCUAAGGAGGAACAGAUUCAAACGCACAACGCUUAUCAGAUUCAUUGUUUCAUUUCCGACAGCAUCUCUGGUUGUACCCUUGAACAUGUGUUACCAUCUACUGUUAGAUCUGAAGCUUAUUUUUGUACAUUUUACAUACGCUUAACCGAAAUCUGUUACAAACUAUGAAACAGACUCCGUACUGUUGACGUGACAAAGAGAUUGUUACCAUGUAAAUAAUUAACUAUAAUUGUUUGUAUAGGUUAAACACAUGACGAAAACUCAUCGAUUGUUAAUUUAGUGGAACGAUGUAGUUCAGUUUUACCAACUUUGUUAAUUUAUUGUAUAAAGUGUAAAGCAAGUUUCAUCUAGCAUUCCUAAACGCCAUUGCACGUACUCUGCGUUCUGAAUUCUUGCCGCAGCGGCUAUAGGACUGCAGGUAUUACACUAAGUUGCCGCACAAUUAUUGCUCAAUAUCGAUCUGGAAACCUGAGUUCCAUGUCCCUUGAGUCUUUGUACAGUAAUUUUAUUUUAAACUUCUUUUUUUACUUUUUGUACUGUCGAUUUGUACAUAAAUAUCUUAGUAUUAAAUUUUAGUUUAUAUUACUUAACUCAAUGUACAGUUUUAAUAAAUAAAUACAUCAUAAU